UUUUAAGAAAAGUAAAAUGUUAAAGUAUACGGUGAAGAAAUAUUGUUCGGAAGGGAGCAGGAUUAAUCAAGUUGUCAUGGCUUCUUUAAUGGUCCUCCCCGUGUUCUCGUACGGCAUGGCAGUGGGCUGGCUGUCUCCCAUGGGUCCGCGCCUCAUCAACGACCCGAGCCUGUCCGCGACCGUGUCCACAGACGUGCUGUCCUGGAUGGCAUCCGUGGUGUAUCUGGUGGGGACGCCGGCCGUGUUCCUCUUCGGGUACAUCGUGGACAACUGCGGGAGGAAGAGGGCGCUCAUGCUCACUUCGCUGUCUAUGGCUGUAUGUUGGGGUCUCAAACUUUACUCCACAUCUACAUGGGCCCUCAUCACAGCCCGAGCUAUCAUAGGCCUGGGAGUCAGUGGCUCCUACGUGGUAACCCCACUCUACAUCAAAGAAAUAAGCGAAGACUCCAUCCGCGGAACUCUUGGAAGCCUGGUCGUCCUCAGCCAGAAUCUCGGCAAUCUUGUGGUGUAUAUUAUGGGAGAGUACUUGAGCUACCAUGCGGUUCUGUGGAUCUGUCUGGCAGUGCCGCUGGUGCAUUUGCUGGUGUUUGCCACGAUGCCUGAAACGCCGUCUUACUUGUUGAAGUGUGGAAAGGUUGAGGAAGCUCGUGAAGCCCUGGGAUGGUUGCGAUGUCGCCAGAGUUCAGAAUCAGUGGACAACGAGUUGAAGAUGCUCCUUAUAGAACUGGAGCAGAACAAGACAAACCAGUUCCGAUACGCCAUCAAAACUCUUGCAUCAGACCGCAUUGCCUUCCGUGCCUUCAGGAUAGUGCUCACCAUAACUCUGGCUCGGGAGUUGUGUGGCUGCCUGGCUGUCCUCCACUUUGCGUCCAAGAUCUUCAGUGAAGCCAACCAUAGCGGCAGCUGGGUGUUGACGGCCAACCAGCAGACGGCAGUUUUGGGCGCAGUGCAGUUGUUCGGCUCCGUCACCGCUUCCACCUUGGUGGAAAGGACUGGAAGAAAGCCUCUUCUGGGCCUGACCUGCUUCGUCUCGGGAGUAUCCAUGUGUCUCCUGGGCUCCUGGUUCGCUAUUGGAGGCGGCGGCUGGCUGCCUGUAGCUGCGCUGUGUCUCUGCAUCUAUUGCGAUGCUGCAGGGUUGCAACCUGUACCAUUUGUGGUGAUGACCGAGAUGUUCUCCUUCCAACUCCGCGGCACUGUGACCUCUCUAGUCAUAGCCUUCGCCUGUGCCCUAGUCUCCAUCGAGCUCCGAUUCUUCCACCCACUUUCCGAACUGGCCGGUCUCCACACAGUCUUCUUCCUAUUCGCUGGUGUUUGCAUCGUCAGCACUGUGUAUAUCGUCAUCUGCGUGCCAGAGACAAAGAUGAAGACCAUAGACGAGAUCUACGCUCGGAUUGGCGGAAAAAAUCAAGAUGACGGGAAAAUUCAAAAUGGCGGAAAAGAUGGCGCCAAGCGGAACUGUGAAGCGCCUGACGUAACGCGGUUGUAGGUUAAAUUUUAGGUUAUUAUUUAUUGUUUGUUUAGGAAUAAGUAGUUGUGGAUAUUGGUAAUGUGAUUACCGAAUUGUAUAGUGAAUGAGAUUUAAUUUGUUUUUAGUAGAAGAAAAUUUGUUCCGUUUAAAGUAAGAAAAUGCUAAAGAUAGUUUAUAAAGAUGGAUUUUAAAUGUUUAGCCAUUAUAUUCAGGGUAAUAUUUAGUUUGGCAACAUAUUAAAUUAAAAUCUCUUACUGCAUGUAAUGUACCUAAUAAAAAAUAACUAAGUAUGUAGUUUAAAUUUGAACUUGAAAUGCUGUCAAUAGAGAUGAAUAUCAUUCCUCCAUACGCAAUUAUUGUGUUGUGUAUGUUUUAACCAAAAUGUUUUACGUAAUACUUUGAUUGAAUGAUUAGGCGUUUUUAGAUUUGAGAUAUAAAUAGAUUGCAUCUGUCGCUGUGUUUGAAAAAUAACUCCAAGAUAGUAGGUACAGUCGGUCGAACAUGUUUGUCAUUAGAAAAUUGCGCAAAAUUCGAAAUAUCCCAUGGGACUAUAAAGAUUCGCGGCCACAUUAAAAAAAACUCUUUUCUAAUGACGGAAAUGGCUUGACAGACUUUGACUGUAGAUUUUUCGUCAGUUAAUUAGUUUAUCGGACAUUUCAACUAUUUGUUAUAAGUUUAGAAUCGAUGUAUUGGAUAGUUAUUGUAAUGUAUUGUAGAUUAUAUUUACAAUUAGCAUUAUUGUAAAUAGCGAAGGCGUUUAGAUAAAAAUAGAAAAUACUUAAAA